AUUCGUCUCCGCUGCAGCAACAGACGAAGAAGAAGGACGUCCGCUCCAAUUGUCAUCAGUUCGUUGAAGCCGUCGACGACUGGGGCCACAAUCCUCUUCAAUAUCGAUACUGAGCUCGAAUAUCAAACGAGAUAAGAAACUGAUUUACAGUCAUGUGGGAUGGACCGGGGCAAGGACCACGGGGAGGACCACCCUUUCGUGGUGAUCAUCGUGGGGAAAUGUUUGGCGGCAGAGAUCGUCACAUGCCUGAUUAUAGAGGUAGAGAAGGGAUGAACAUGGGUCAUAUGGGCCCAAGACAUCUAGAUCUGCCACCCAUGGACAUGAGAAGGAUGGAUGGGCCACCCAUAAGAGGGCGUGAUAUGGACCCACGUGAUAUGCGCGGUAGAGAGCCAAAUAGAGAUUUUUGCCGACAGGGAGAAGAGCCAGAUUUUGGUCUUAGAAGACACUAUGAAGGUUCCAUCAGAGACAAUUUGAUGAAUUCCUCUGGUUUUCCAGGACCAGGCAGAAACACUGUAGACAUGGGAGGUAGGGGUAUGCCACCACGGGAACCAAACAGCAGAUUUAUGGAUGUAAGAGACAGAGAGUCAUUUCAUUAUGACAUGCCACAGUUCAACAAUCCUGACAUGGAUGGAAGAAGAAGCUUUCCCAUGGACCGAAUGGAGCGAAAUGAUGGCUUCAGAGACAUGCAUGACAGGCCCCCAAUGGCCGCUGGUGACCACGAUGGCUAUGAUAUGGACCUACCACCGCGUGAAAGGAGAAUGAUGGACACUGACAGAAGAGGAGGGCCACCUUUCAAUCCAAGAGGCGGAUUUGAUUCUGAUAUGGAUUUCAGAAAUCGUCAUGGUCCAUCAGCUGAAUUUAGAGGUAGGGAUCGCUCUCCCUUAAGAUUUGGAAACAGCGAUGUCCCUCCAGGGGACAGGGCAAGAUCUGACAUGCCUUCAGAUAUUGGUGGCCCGCAAAGAUCAGAGUUUAUGGGUGCAAAAGAUGCACUCAGAGAGAGAGAAUACCAAGACUCAAGUGGCAGCCCUCUGACGGAUUACCGAUGUGGUGAAGAGAUGACUCUUGCAGAGGAAUGGAAGAACCGGCGAAAGGACAAGAGUUCUUUCGUAGACAUGGGUAAAGGUAUGGGAGCUGCACCCGAACCUAGCUUCCCUGGGGGUUUUGGCAGAGACGUGAAUGUUAGAGAUCCACCACCAUUCCAGGAAAGAGAUAGGCCACCUGUUGAAUUCCCGGGGAAAGACGGCCGCUUUCCUCACGGUGAUCACUUUGCUGCUAUGAAUCUACCACCUCUUGCCAGCAAACCUCCACAAGACCAUCCGCGUUCGGAAAUGAGUCCUCUUACUGGCCCUCUUGGGAGAGAAAAUGAGAGUAAACAUUGGCUUGGAGAAAGGAACCUGAAGCAUAGUCAGAAUAAAUCGAAUCGUGACGAAAGACCCCCCUUCCAUCAAGAGAAGAAUCUUCCCUCACAUAUGAUUCAGGAGCCAAAUGAUUGCUUUAAAGGGCUAAAAGAUAUGCCACACAAUCAAGGACCUGUGAGGGGUAAGAUGGGAGCAGAACGUGAUUUCCAAAGCAGUAGCACAGGACAGCCGAAAGACCAAGACUACAGGGACAUCGAUUACAGAACAGGCUCUGGGAGGGCUUUUGAUUACAAGCACGAGGCGCUACAAGAACCAGAGAAACUCCUCAAAGAGUCUAAACCACCAAUCGCACCUUCAAAAUUUAGUGAGUCUGGCUCUCAGGAUCAGGAUUACAGGAACGCAUCAGUGGAGGAUAAAGUUUCCAAUACAAUAUCCAUCAUUGGCAUUCCAAAGACUGCCACAAUGGAGCAGAUUCUUGGUGCCUUUGCAAUCCGUGAUGGUGUGCCAAUGCAGGGGAUGAAGAUCAAAAAUGUUGUGCCAGGUUACAGCUACGAUACGGCCUAUGUGGAGUUUUUAAACCUCGAGGAUGCAGUCCACUUCAUGGAGUCCAACAAGGGAUCCCUAAAGGUUGGCACUAGAACAACAUCCAUGAAGUACAUUCAGCCGGACGAGUGUGAAAGACGUGUUCAUGAAUCAGAUCACAAAGUACCUCAACUCCAGGAGCCCCAGUUGCCCAAACCAGAUGAGCGUUUAGAGGACACGAAGACCGACCUGAAUGGGUCCAAACCAAAAGGCCCCUUGGAGCCAUCAUCCCACAGCCAGUGGCAGCGUAGCUCUGACUUAACUCCCGAGGCCUGGCAGCAGCAGAUCGACCAACAGCUCCAACAGCAAGAAGCAGAGCAGCAGGCAGAGUCCUGGGGCAACCGCAACCCUCAUCAUCACCCUUCACACCAAUCAGACUCUGUCUUCAAAGACAGUAAAACCAUGAUCAUAAAAAAUGUGAAGCCCACCACCACAGUCGAAACUAUCCUGAAAGCCUUGGACCCCUUUGCAUAUUUGGAUGAAAGAAAUGUUCGUCUAGUCAAGGCCAAGCCACCAGGAGCCAAAUGCUUCUGCUUUGUUGACAUGGACUCCCAUGAGCAAGUGACACGUCUGGUUGAGCUCCUCACUAAACCCAGACCCCUUUAUAUUGAUGGUGUCAGAGUUUAUGCUGAGGUUGCAAAACCUCUAAAGAACCAAAAUUUCAGAAGAGACUUUGAUAAACCAAACAGUUCCAUCCUUGGGUAUCCACCUGAGCCCAGCAUGAUGGGGCAGCAGCAGCAGCAGCCGCCGCCGCAGCAGCAGUACCCACCAGCUCCACAGUUCUUGCAGCCUCUGCAGCCACCUGCUGGUGUCCCGGCUGGAAUGCAAGGUAAUUUGUCUACUGGCAUCAAUCCUGCUCUGUCAUCAGACCCCAGCAUUGGACAGGGAGUUGGCUACAGUGAGACUCCACCUGUGGACCCAUCGUACCAGGCUGGUGGAGCCCAUGUGCCUACAGAAACAGCUGGCAUGACAGUUCCGACAGACGGAUCACAGCCAUACAUCUAUGGCUCUGAGAUACCAGACAUGACCAACUAUCUGUACGAUUCCACAUCAGGCUUCUACUACGAUCCGGAGACAACACUGUACUACGACCCCAACUCUAGGUAUUUCUACAAUGCACAAACCCAAGAGUACCUGUACUGGGAUGCUACGUCAAAGGCCUACAUCCCAGUCCCAGGAGGGAACCCUGCAGCAACCAGCCAACCUCUGACCAUGACCGCUGAAGACCAGGCCAUUCUAUCCAACCCAGCAGCAGAUGCUCCUCUGGAAAUGAAGAAAGCAUUAAUGCCUCCCAACAACGGAGCAGCUCCAGCAUUAGUGCCCAUUCCUGACACCGGCUCUGCUCCAGAUCCUGGCUCUUCUUCAGCCGGUCCUGAGAAGAAAGACGAGGACGACUCUAAAAAGGACAAAGAGAAGGAUGGUGACAAGCCAAGAAGUCUUGCUGCUGUCAAGAUCAUGAAAGAUAUGGAGCGCUGGGCAAAGAUUCAAAAUCGUCAAAAGGAAUGUGUCCGUUCUGCAUCACCGGUGCUGAAGACUGGAAUGGACGAUGAUCGGAGGCAAUCCAAGUCGGCUGACGCUGGUUUUGCCAUCUUUGAGAGGAAGAUAUCGGGUGCAGAUGAUCUUUUUAAGAAGCCCCUUGCCCCUCCUAAGAAAGAUGAAAAGUCAAAGCGUCCAAUGGGCUCCCUGGGUCUGCUGGCAUCAGACUAUGCAGCUGGAAGUGACGAAGAGGUGGAAGAAGAUAAAGAGGAGGCAGCUAAAAGCAGCCAGGGUGGCCAGGCUGAAGACAAGGAUAAGCUGACAGACUGGAAGAAGAUGGCCUGCCUGCUGUGCAGGAGACAGUUUCCCAACAAGGACGCUCUGAUCCGCCACCAGCAGCUCUCUGACUUGCACAAACAAAAUAUGGAGAUCCAUCUUAAGAUCAAAAGGUCAAAGAAGGAGCUAGAGGCACUAGAGAACCAGGAAAAGCAACUGAGUUCUAGAGAACCAACCAGGUCACCAGAACCCAAAAGAAGAAAACACCACCAACAGCAGCAGCAUCAUAACAGCUGGGCUGGAAGCUCCAGGGAUAAUAAUAAAGUCAGUGACAGACCUGGUUUAGGAACUGAACCUGUCCAGAAGAAAAAGAAAGAGUUUGUCGUUUGGGACAAUAACUCCUACAAACAAGCGGUACGCAAGGCCAUGUUUGCACGGUUUAAGGAACUCGAGUGAUCUCAUCUGAACACAUCCUCACUCUUUCAUGUGUAUUAUUAAUAUGACAUGCUCGUCCACCUUAGCAUGAGAAAUCUGUUUGACUGUCUUUACUGUUUCUCUGCAUUCUUGGACAUUAUUACACUAUAGAACCACAGAUAUUCACACUGAAACGAGGUGAAAAAUAAUGUGGUGUAUAAAUUUCCUCACACGGCUUCAGUGGAGCUAAACCAGUUAAAAACUAGAUUUAUUUGACAUCUUCAACAAUGGAUGAUGUAUGGAACAUGUUUAUUAAUGCUGUUGAUUUAAGUAUUUUGCCCAUGUUCUAUGUGUGGCCUGUAAGUAGGAUUGUCAAAUGUGUCCAUGUAGUUUUUUUGUUUAUUUUUUGUCACACUGGCCACAGUUAAAUUGUGUUUUAAAACUGAACAAUUUUUACAUUUUCAUUUUCAUGUGUCGGAAAUGCUAUUGUAUGCACACUUUUUUAAAUAAAAAAAAUAUGAUGGGACUUAU